UAGUUGAAGAACCUUCUAAAGUUUUAUAUGAAGUAGCAAUUAAUGUAUCUCAUAUAAUAGAUAAUAGAACUUUCAAUGAUUUGCUUUUUGAAAUUGCAAGCAAUCAAUUUUUGGAAAGAAGAAUUCAA